AUGUCGCGGGCAAAAUGGCAGAAACCUCCAAAUAUCGAGCAACCUCUGAUCUCCCAGGUUGAUGAAGACUCAAUUCGCAAGGAUGACCAUGAUCCAAGAUCAUCAGACCUUCUAAGCCUUGGAAAACCACAACAAAAGAAGCGACUUGAUUAUUCCACUGCUCUUGGGGUUCUGGCCUGCUGGUUAUGUCUCAGUGCUGCUAUCGUCACAGUGUCACCAUACACGCGUGUUCCCUGGAUAUUGGGCUUACAGCGUCAAUUCCAAGUCAUUGGUUUCCUUAUCGGGGUUAUGAACCAACUUUUCCUCGGCCUUACCCCCAAAGUUUUCCUCCUUAUUGAAGCCCGAUUCGGACCUUCAUAUCUCCAAAACUUCGAAGCUAUCUUACGCAGAUCUUAUCUGGGAUCUGGCACAAGUAUCCUUUGGAGAGGAGUCUUGUUUGGCAUUACUCUCCUGCAUCUAGGUCUUGGUGUAGCGUAUAAAGAGUUCACUGACGGUCGGAGUGAAUAUCCCUUCAAAAUCUCAAACGACAGCUUUUACGGCUUGACUGGGCCCACCAACUUUAAGGAAGGCCUUCUCUUCGGUCUAGGACUCACUUCCAUGGCCAACUCAACUUUGCCUUUCUACAGUGCCACGGUCAGUGACCCCCCAAUGCCGUCAUUUCCUCAUGCCUACGGGUUCAACACCUUGCUCCUAUCCGAAACAUCUUCAGCAAAGUUAGACAGCCCGUUUCCGGAAUAUGUGGAACAAAUACAGACAAAUUUAACAGCUGAGGAUUCUUAUAUCCUUACUGCGGAAGUAUUUGCAACCGUGACAAGUUAUAACGACUCUAUAGCAAGUCAUCGAAACGAUGAUAAGUUUUGGGACUAUUAUACCAAUAUGAUGGGCAAUACAUCGAACCUAUAUGAUUCGAAAGACGCUAAUUUCGGGGCCAAAAUACAGUGGCAAGACAUGCUUGUGAGACGUGGAGCGCUGGCUCUUUUAGUAAACGACUUGGGUAUCCGAAACACUUCCUGGAUGUUCGCCGCGUUUAUUAGCGCGUUCCCAAAACCAGAAGUGUCAUGGAAUAUCUCUAGAAGAAGGGAAACGUAUCUUGCUGUCGGCGCUGAAUUCCGCCAAAACGCAAUGCUCUUCCACACGCGCCGCGAGCGCUGCAAGGGAAGCUGGCGAAUCACCUAUAACUCCAUUGAACUUAUCAGCGGCGCCUGUCUGCAGGCCCCUACCUCAGAAAAGAUCCAAAAAAUGUUCACCAAUGCCACCCUCGCCAUACCCACCUGGUACAUGCCUUCGCUAAUCGAAUACCUCGGUGGUUUCGGUAUGCACCGCAACGAAAGUCGAUGGCUUGUGCCUUCCUUUUCGACCGUAAUAGCAGGCGUAUUCUGGUCGCGAGUGACCCGUAUGCAAGGGCGUUAUGGCCGGGUAGGGAACCCGCAGGCUGUACUGCAAUCAGAUGUCUACUAUCACUGCAAUGACGAGGGCAUCAAGGUUAAACAAACUAUGAGCACGUCUCCUUGGCUUUUCGUCACGCUUAUUGUAUUGCCAUUUCUCACGCUACUUCUCCUACUUGCUUCCGUCGCAAUGUUCCACACCCCACUCGGCGAAGGCUUUGGUCUCAUUACAGUGCUGGCUGGUGUUUGCAAGGAUACACUACGCCUGGUAAAUGGCGCGUCCUUGUCAGGAGAGUUGAAGAGAAGAUUGCGAGUUAAGUUUAUCGUGCAUAAAGAUGGGGGACAUCCGCGUGUUGAGUAUGUUUUGGGAGAUGAGGGUCCAAACGACAAGUUAUGA